ACUUAAAACAAGCCUAAAACAGUACCAAAAUACCUUAUAGAUAGUGGGUUUACAAGGCAGAUUUACUAGAUAAAACAAAGUGGAAAAAUAUGAGGAACCAAGCUCAAAUUGACCCUAAAAUAGCAACACAAAAAGCUAGCGUCCAUUCAGCAACUAACUGUUCACCAUUUGAAGUUUUGUAUGGUUUAAAUCCACUCACCCCUUUGGAUUUAUUGCCAUUACCCAUUGAUGAACAAGCUAGUUUGGAUGGGAAAAAGAAAGCUGAAGUGGCUAAGCAACUACAUGAGAGGGUGCGACAAAACAUAGAGCGACGAACUGAGCAAUAUGCAAAUCAAGCCAACAAAGGGCAUAAGAAAGUUGUGUUUGAACCUGGAGAUUGGGUUUGGAUAUGCGGAAGGAGCGAUUCCCUGCACAAAGGCGUUCUAAGUGACAAUUUGAGGACAAAUCCUUUUGAGGAGAGAGGGAAUGAUGGGAAUCAAGAUGACCCCACAUGUACCACGUUAAGAGAUCCAUUACACAUUCCAGGAGGUCCAGUCACGAGAGCUAGAGCUAGGAAGAUGCGAGAAGCUUUUAAAUGGCCUUAUUGAGCAGAUCUGGGUUGAUUGUUACAUGCAAGAAGUAAAUCGAAGUUUGGAUGAUUAUCAAGGCAUGAUAAACAUUAUUCAGGUUCAAGAGAAGCUUAAUUGAGGUCAUUUAUGCUAAAUUACACAGUUUGCAUCAAUCUCGCAAUUCUAUAGCAAUUUGUAACAAACUGAUAUUUCAUGU